AUGCCUCUCAUAUUCCCCGAGUACCUGGGCACAUAUCGCUUCUGGCUCACCUCGUCUAUGCUCAACACGAUGCUGCUGGUUAGAGUGUUCCCGGAAUACUCCAUUCAACGGUCACAUUUUUUGACUCUCUUCGUACUGUUUAUUCUUCAUGGUGCUGUGUACGGCAUCUACAACGUCUUCAUCUACCCCUUCUUUGUCAGCCCCUUACGCCAUCUUCCUGCUGUCCCGGGCGGAACAUUCUUUUUUGGUCAAUAUUACGCUCUUGUCAAGGAACCUUCUGGCGUCCCCACUCGGCGAUGGGCCAAUGAAAUUCCCAAUGAUGGCCUCAUUCGUUAUUUGCACCUGUUUAACCGCGAACGCCUCCUCAUCACCAGCCCCAAGGCUCUUGCCGAAGUCUUGACAACCAAGAGCUACGACUUUGUCAAGCCGGAUCUUCUUCGUGAAAGUCUCGGGAAGGUGCUGGGUAACGGUGUUCUUCUGGCCGAAGGCGAGGAACACAAGACUCAGAGGAAAAAUCUCAUGCCCGCCUUCCACUUCCGACACAUCAAGGAAUUAUACCCCAUUUUCUGGUCAAAAGGUCAAGAAAUGGUAGAAUGCAUUCGAGCCGAGCUGAAAAACUCCUCCGACUCCAAUCCUGUUGUUGAAGUUUAUGGCUGGGGCAGUAGGGCAACUCUUGAUAUUAUCGGCGUCGCUGGUAUGGGACAAGACUUUAAUGCGCUACAGGACCCCACGAACGAGCUGAACCGUGUGUAUCGUUCUGUCUUCCAACCCGACCGCACUGCCCAAGUCCUGAGCUUUCUUUCAUUCUUCCUCCCCGACGUCAUCAUCAGCAACUUGCCCUUGGCCCGGAAUAGGAAUGUUCGGGCCGCUGCACAGGUUGCCCGCGACACGUGCCGCCGACUGGUGGAGCAGAAAAAGCGACGGCUCGCCCACAAAGAGCCCAUGCAACCGGACAUCAUCUCCGUGGCGCUCGAGUCGGGCGGGUUCACGGAUGAGGAGCUGGUCGACAACAUGAUGACCUUCCUUGCGGCUGGCCACUUAACUACGGCCACGGCCUUCGUCUGGGCAGUUUACGAGCUUUGCCAACACCCAGAGAUGCAGACGCGGCUACGCGAAGAGAUCCAUGCGCACAUCUCGAAUUUCCGUGAGGAUAACGUCACAGCCGAAGUCAUCGAAAAUAUGCCCUACCUCCACGCCAUAUGUCAAGAGACAUUGCGACUGUGGGCGCCCGUACCUCUGACGCUGCGUGAUGCCGCCCAAAACACGACGAUCCUUGGCGAGUUCGUGCCCAAGGGGACCAGGAUCAUCCUGGCGCCGUGGGCUGUCAACCAAAAUAUGGAGCUCUGGGGCGAAGACGCCGAUAAAUUCAAUCCAGACCGCUGGACCGCCCCAGGCCAGGCCAACGCUGGUGGUGCCGUCAGCAACUACGCUUUCCUGACUUUCUUGCACGGCCCGCACAGCUGUAUCGGCGCGAAGUUCUCUCAGGCCGAAUUAGCCUGUUUGCUUGCUGUCUUUGUUGGUGCCUUCGAGAUCAAGAUGGUCGACCGAGACGAGGUCAUCGAUAUCAAGGGCGGCGCCACCGCUCGACCCAAGAAUGGUCUCAAGGUCUACUUGAAGAGUACUGGAGCCUGGGCCAAUUGA